AUGUCACAAAUAAAUUAUCCAACUUUAGAUAAUACAAAUCAAUAGACUUCAUCAUAAUAAUAGUUUAAUAAUAGUAAUUAAAAUGUGAAAUAUAUUCCUGUAUUAAUACCAACAGAAGGAUACAAUUAAUAUCAGCAAUAAUAUUCAUCAUAAUACUAAUAAUAUUCUCAUAACUAAGUUACACCAAAUUUAGAAUUUUCAAAUAUUCAAACCAAUGAAAAAUUAAUACUUACUACACCUAAUUUGAUUAAAGACAAAGACUUUUCAUAAUAAAAAUAGUUCCUCUUUAGUAUUUUAGGAAUAUUUAUUUUAUGGACUAUUCUUUCUGUUUUCCUCUUUUAUAUAUUGAUGCUGACUGUGUUUUUCAAAUUAAAUAUUAGUGAGAUCUAUUUAAUCUUGGCUAUUUGUUCUUUAAUUGCAAUAGGAGUUCUGAUUAAAUUUGGAAUUGAUUAAAAGUAUAGAAAAGUAAUAAUAAUAAUAAGAUAUUUUAGACAUAAUCCAGUUUAGUGAUACUAUUUGGACUUAUUUUUUGCUACACAUUAUUUUAUAUAGGAAUAUUGUAUUUUUUAUUGAUCUCAGUACAUAAUUAUUGGACAUGUAAAAUUUCAUAUAUUAUUAUUAGCUGUUCUAGUAUAUACUGUAUUCUAAACAUAAAUAUGCUUUAACUUUAUUACAAAUUUUAUAAUAUUAAUCUAUCUCUUUUUUGAAAAGACUAAAAUAAGAGUGAUUUGUAAUUAAAUUAAUUAUUUUUAGAUGUUUGCUUUGUAGAGUUUGCCAUUAUUGUUUUGUUAGGAAUUUUUUAUCCACCCUUCUUCUAUUUACUUAUAGUUAUCAUACCCUAUCCUCUGUGUGUUUUGAAUGUUUUUAAGUAAAUUCUAAAAGGAAGAGUAAGAUUUUAAUAUUAAUCAUCUAGUUUAAUUUAUAAUCAGAUGAAGUAGUUGCAGCAUCCAUCGCAGCAUUUUAUGGCAUGUUUGUUAGUUGUGAAGAUUGA